CCAAGACACUCCUUUCCCCUCCCAGCACCAGAGCACAAUAUCCCCAACCCAAUCCAAUCCACUACUCAACAUGCCACUCGACACAUCCACCUACUCGCUCGCGCUCCUCCGCCUCGACGGCCGCAGAUGGAACGAACUCCGCCGCCUAACAGCACAAAUGCGGACCCAAGCUGCUGCAGACGGAAGCUCGUACCUCGAGAUGGGAAACACCAAGGUGAUAUGCACGGUUAGUGGGCCGAGUGAGGGGAGAUCUGGAGGAGGAGGAGGAGUUGGGGGAGGACAGAGAGACAAGGCGAGUAUAGAGGUGGGUAUUAGUGUUGCGGGGUUUAGUGGUGUGGAUAGGAAGAAGAGUGCUGGGGGGAGAGGUGACAAACGCCUCACCGAAAUGUCCCUCACCAUCUCCUCCGCCUUCUCCCACACCCUCUUCACACACCUCUACCCCCACAGCACCAUCACUCUCUCCCUCCACAUCCUCUCCCAAGACGGCUCCCUCCUCGCCGCCCUCCUCAACGCCUCCACCCUCGCUCUCAUCGACGCCGGUAUCCCCAUGCGGGAUUACAUCUGCGCUUGCACGGCGGGUUCGACCUCUUCUUAUUCCUCGAAUGACGAGAAGGCUGAUCCGUUAUUGGAUUUGAAUGGUAUGGAGGAGCAGGAGUUGCCGUUUUUGACGGUCGCGACGGUGGGUGAGACGGAUGAUGUUGUGGUGCUGGUGGCGGAGAGUAGGGUGCAGGUGGGACGAUUGGAGGGUAUGCUUGCGGUAGGGGUGGAUGGGUGUAAGCAGGUUAGGGAGAUCCUGGAUGGGGUUGUUAGGGAAAGGGGAGCGAGAAUUUUGGAAGGGAGUAAGAUAUAGGGUUCUAGACGUGCUGGAAUCUGGGAAUACGCAAUAGAGGCUGGGGAUGGUUGAAAUGCAGCAUGCUGGAAAAGGGUUUAUAGCUCAGAGGUACCGAAUUGGAAGUUAGUGGUGUGAGAUGGGAGGAGAAAAUACGGAGGAAUGGCUACAGACGCUGGGCCUGAAGACAUUGGCACUGGCUGUGUCGAUGUUCAAAGUUGCAUAGCACCCAAGUGCUAGACUGGGACAUCGAACACCGAAGAGUACGAAAGCAGCAGAAGGGUUUUCACAGAUACUAGACUGGGUAUAGAGGGAGGCAAUGGCUGCAUAGAGGAGAGCGAGCAUGAUACCCUGGCGUUCAGGAGUCGAAAAAUUGUAGUGUAGAUCUAAAUCAAGGAAAAGUCUUC